GUGGGAGGUGAGAGCACGCCGCGGUCUUCCAUGAAGGGCGGCCCUGUCAACUAGAAGCGGCUCCGUCGUCCCGAGCGCCGGUAUCUCGCCAUGGACUUCCUGUUAAGCGGCGUGGCGGCGUGCGGAGCGUGUCUGGUGACCAACCCGCUGGAGGUGGUCAAGACCCGCAUGCAGCUUCAGGGUGAGCUGAAGAGUCGGGGGACCUACCAGGUUUACUACCGUAAUGUCUUCCACGCUUUCUACACCAUCGGUAAAGUGGACGGCCUGGCCGGGUUACAGAAAGGCUUGGUGCCUGGAUUGAUGUACCAGUUUUUUAUGAACGGAGUCCGCCUCGGCUCGUACGCCAUCAUCGAGUCUUCUGGUUACAUCCACACGGAUGGAAGGGUCAGUGGGGUGAAGACCGUCUUUGCUGGCGCGGCGUCAGGAGUGAUGGGAGCUGUAAUUGGCAGCCCUCUUUAUCUGAUAAAAACUCAUCUGCAGAGCCAGUCCACCUCCUCCAUUGCUGUAGGACAUCAGUAUAAACACCAGGGGAUGAUCCAUGCCAUGGCGGCCAUCUACAAGGAGUACGGCCUUAUGGGACUGUGGAGGGGCUCCAGUGCCGCCGUACCAAGGGUCUGCGUGGGCUCAGGUGCUCAGCUAUCAACUUUCUCCUCUGCCAAAGAGCUGGUGGUUGAUCUUCAGGUGUUUCCAAAGGACAGCUGGUUUGUUGCGCUGAGCGCGGGCAUGAUCAGCAGCGUGGUGGUGGUGCUGGCAAUGACGCCUUUUGAUGUGGUUGGCACACGGCUCUACAACCAGCCGGUGGAUCAUCAGGGCAAGGGGCUGCUGUAUAAAGGAUUUGUUGACUGCUUUUCUAAGACACUGACGAGGGAAGGGCUGAUGGGACUCUACAAAGGUUUGGAAGCCUCUUAUUUCCGGAUCGGUCCUCACACCAUUCUCUCCUUGUUCUUAUGGGAGGAACUACGCAAAUUUCACCAGCAGUACAGAUAACCGGAACCAGGAAGUUGGAAUUGGUCAUUCAUUAAGCUGUGAGUCUACAAGUUAAAUGAGUUUAUAAUAUUCUGUUUAAACCAAAACCAGGGAGGUUUUUCCUACUCAUUUACCAAGGGUAGUGAUAUUUUAAAAAAAUAAAUACAUUAGAGGACUCUGAAAGGAAGAGAAGAGAAGGGAAAGAAAAGCAAAGAGAAGAGAAGAAAAGAAAAGGGAAGGGAGGUAAACAUGUAGCAUUCAGCACUUGGUGACACAACCUAUUGGGAAACAGGAAAUUAUUUAAUAUAUAUUUAUUAAAGUAUCACUCCUAGCUGUUCAAAUGCAAUAGAUGACCUUGUAGGAGAUGUGUUACUACCGCGAACAGUUUUUCAUUCCUUGCCAACUUAUAAAGAAACCUAUUUUAUAAAAUAUCCAUCAAAAUAGUAUCUGAUGAUCACUUUUCAGGGACCACGCACUUUUGUGCCUGCAAUAAAUCCAUAAUAUGGAUUACAACUGCAAAGAGACUGAACCGGGUGUGGUCAGUGAUCCAAAUUGUCAAAGAUCGAUUAGUGCACUAACAUGUUAAGAUUGCCUUAUAUUUACAUAUAUAUACACCAUGUGAAUAUUUUGUGCAUCAUACUUGCCCUCGUGAGAAAGGAAUGUGUGUUAUUUAUUUGUGUUUCGGGACACAUAAAACUCCCCUUUUGAGUAAAAAAAUAUUUAACUGUAUUGAUUAAAAAAAGGAUGCUGGUGAUUUUCUAACCAUUCUUAGUUGGUGCUUCUAGUACUCUACUAAGUAGUACAUCAAAAUGUUUUACUGUAAAUCAUUUGUGUGAAUGUACUGUAGAACAAUUUAUUAACAGAGGAAAAACAUCUUGCUUUUUUGUAUUUUGAGUUUUGAGGGACAAGUGGUAGAAAAUGGAUGGCUGUUUUGCGAUAUGAAGACCAUUAUUUAGAUGUGAUCACUGUUUGUUAGUAGUACUGAAUACUAUAAACACAACCUUCUAUGUAUUAUGCAUACAUUUGAAAGACCAGGAAUUUCCAUUUCCUGAUGAAUUUUAAAGGGGAACUGCACUUUUUUGGGGGAAUUUUGCCCAUCAUUCACAAUCAUAAUGAAAGGCAAGACGAUGGAGAUAUACACUCACACUCACACACACACACACAUCUAUAUAUAUAUAUAUAUAUAUAUAUAUAUAUAUAUAUAUAUAUAUAUAUAUAUAUAUAUAUAUAUAUAUAAAUACAAACCCUGUUUCCAUAUGAGUUGGGAAAUUGUGUUAGAUGUAAAUAUAAACGGAAGGAGGAAGGAUCUCUGGGAUCACUACAGCCCUCUACCACCAGGAGGCCGAAUUACUGCGAGCCUCAGCCAGUACGUCUUUUGCAGCCGUUUUAUGAUUGCCCAGCACAAGAAAUACGUGACACACAUACAGUUGUUGACAAAAUACACUGUACAUUAUAUACCUCAGCUAACUAAACUAUGCCAUAGUUUAGUUAGCUGAUAUAAUUCAUAUAGCAAUACAGUCUCACUGCACAGCAGGCCAGCAGUUAGCCGAGGCAUUGCGCAAUCCAUGUUGAGGCACAAAUUAGUGACGGGCCUCAACUGGCUGCUGACUCACCGCAAGUAUGUGAACGGCAAAUGUGAAAAUUCAGCGAUUUUGAAUAAAAAUAAUCUAAAACUGGUGAAGUUAAAUGGAAAAUAACUUUAGUAUAAUCACCGGAUACAUAUAACAAUUUAAUUAAAUUUUUUUUCUUUUUAAAUGUUUUUCUCUUUCCAUUAUGUAUAUAUGUAUGUAUAUAUAUGUAUGUAUAUAUAUAUAUAUAUAUGUAUGUAUGUAUGUAUGUAUGUAUGUAUAUGUAUGUAUCAGUGGCGUGCGGUGAGGUUAAUGUCUGGUGAGGCACGACUGCAUCAUCACAGUCAAAUUUAAAAACAUAUGAACCUGCAGUGCAGGUGUACCUAAUGUUGUGUCCCUGCGGUCGUUCGCGGCUCCUGCAGCGCGAGCAUUGUUGUUUUUGCACUUUUUGGCUUCUUGUUAAGUGACUUUUUUGGGGUGGAUUCGGUCUUGCACGUGGAGGGUUUGGGUGUGGGCUUUGGUUGGUGUGGCCGCGGCGCUCCCGUCGGGCAGUGCAUUCUGCGGCGGAGGUGCUUGGCACCAGGAGGCGGGGUUAUGAUACAAGCCUCACACAGUGUGUCUCCGCAGCAGAUUUAUGAUCGCUCAGCACAAGAAAUACGUUACACACAUACAGUUGUUGACAAAAUACACUGUACAUUAUGUACCUCAGCUAACUAAACUAUGGAAAUGUAUAAUAUAGUUCAUAUAGCAAUACGGUGUCACUGCGCAGCAGGCCAGCAGUUAGCCGAGUCGCAAUCCAUGGUGAGGCACAAGUGCCUCAACUGGCUGCUGAUCACCGCACCGUCUCUUCUCAGUAUUUGAACGGCAAAUGUGAAAAUAAAAAUAAAAAUAAUCUAAAACUGGUGAAGUUAAAUGGAAAAUAACUUUAGUAUAAUCACUGGAUACAUAUAACAAUUUAAUAAAUUUUUUUUCCUUUUUUUUUCUUUCCAUGAUGGCAGGUGAGGCCCCGCCUCCCCUGCCUUUAGUGACUGCA